CCUGAUUCAUCAGUGACAGAAAAACUUCGUACGUUAUCAGCUCUCCUCAAAUCUCGUACGAACAAAAGACACUCGACUUGUCCCCAAACAAUCAUUCAGAAUUUCUAUAAAACUUGAAUUGACCGAUUCGUUCAUGCAGGAUGAAAGCCGUAAUUCAACGAGUUACACAAGCUAGUGUAUCAGUUAAUGGUGAAAUCAUCAGUUGCAUCGGACGGGGACUCUGCGUUUUAAUAGGACUAAAAAAAGACGACAAUGCGGCAGAUAUGGAAUACAUAAUCCGCAAGAUUCUUAACACUAAAAUCUUCGAGGACGAAAAUGAGAAAAGAUGGUCUACAAACGUUGUGGAUAAAAAUUAUGAAAUUCUAUGUGUCAGCCAGUUCACCUUGUACCAUCAAUUGAAGGGGAAUAAACUGGAUUUUCACAGAGCAAUGCCAGCUGCGGAAUCGGAACCAUUUUACAACAAUUUUCUCCUUGAACUUGGCAAACAGUACAAACCCGAGUUGAUAAAAGAUGGGAAAUUUGGCGCAAUGAUGCAAGUUCUAAUCGAGAAUGAUGGACCAGUCACCCUGGAGAUUGAAUCACCUGUUAGAGUAUCUCAGUGAUUUAAAGACGUCGUGCGCUUGAGUCUGGAAAUAAAAUAAAUUCUAAAAAUUCUGCUUUAA